AUGCAGGGACUACGUGUGAAGCGUUCCCAAGUAAAGGUGACAAUUGAAGCGAAAAAACGUUCAAGGAAAAAAGGCCCCGACUCCGGUACCUGCGAGUUGUUUGACUUCAAGGGUGCACCAGAUGCUAAUACGUUUCAAUCGAUGGUAAGCUGCUUCAACCCGGAACAGUUGGAGCGGGAGCUAAGCUGA